CUUUAGCCCAGAUGCCGCCUAGAAGACUUUCCCUGCUCAGCCUCUCCGGCCCACGCUGCAGCAGUCGGCGACCGGCCUGAGAAGCGGCACUACCACGUCCGGCGAAGGUCUUCGAGCGGUCAAGAGCAACGCUAUUUACUCCACGAUGAGCACCAACUACAACUUCCAGCCUGCCACUUCAAAGGAGAUUGCAUUCAUCAGGAAGCACCUAGGCUUCACUGAAGAGGACAUUGAGUUCGCAGUGAAGAAGCUACGUGAGUGGCUCGAGAUGCAACCCCACCUACCGAAUAACAUAGAUGAUGCCCGGAUCGAAAGAAUGUAUAUCAACUGCAAGUGCAGCAUGGAACGCACCAAAAUCGGCCUGGACGCUUACUUCUCUCUGAAACACCGAAUGCCGGAUCUGUCGAUGAAGAGGGAUCCCUUGGGCCCUGACGUAGAGCAAACUAAGAACAAUAUAAAGAUGAUGGUGAUGCCUCGGCUGACCAAGGAGGGGUACCGGAUCAUAAUCAACACGCAGCUCGACCCAGACCCCUCCAGCUAUGUCUUCGCUACCCACGCGAAAAUGGUUCUAAUGGAGCUCGAGAUAAUGAUGGGAGAAGACUACAGCCUUGGAGACGUCUACGUUAUCGAUCUGGCCAAUGCGACAAUGGGACACCUGCUCCGGACUGACAUAAACUGCCUCAGAAACAGUGAACUGUUGUCCAGGACAGCCUACUGCCGGAGAAUAAAGGGCGUUCAUUUCGUGAACUCUCCUAAGACAAUUGACGCCGUCGUGAAACUAGUGAAGUCGGCCACAUCAGAGAAAUUACACACCAGAAUCCACACCCACCUGCCCGGUUCCACGACACUGUUUGAGCACGUGGCUCGCGAGUACAUUCCAGAAGAGCUGGGCGGCACGGCUGGGCCUCUGGAGAAGUUCAGCUAUCAGCUCUUCAACAAAGCUUGCGACAUGCGGCACUGGUUCCUGGAGCAGGAUAAUUACAUUUCGGACGAAACGAAGAGACCACCAGACAGCAAGCUUGCUCAGGACAUCUACGGAGCUGCAGGUUCCUUUAAGAAGCUCAGUGUCGACUGAUGUGGCCGACCAGUCUCCUGUCAUGUUCGUGAGAGGUUGGAGUGUUUCAGUCGCUGGUCCUUUCUAUCUUAGGUUUCAAAUA